GUGGACAGAAAACAAGUUCAAGAGUGGCGAAAACAGAAGGCCAGUUUAGAGGCUGCAAGAGAUGACAAGGAUAUAAUUGUAAACCAAGUGCGAGUUCUCAGUGGUCGUAGUCGAAAAGCUGCCUACCCCCUAUUGGAAGAUGAGUUAUUAGAGUAUAUCAAAAAAAAAAGAGAGGAAAAAUGCACGGUCACGACGUCUAUGAUUAUAAAAAAAGCCAAAGAUUUGGGAACAAGCCUAGGUCUUAGUGAUAUCAAGUUUUCUCGAGGUUGGGCUGAAACUUUCAAACAGCGGCAUAAACUAGUAAAACGUGCUCGAACCCAAAUAGCCCAGAAGGUUCCCGAAGACAUGCCACAAACAGUUAUAAAUUUCCUUCGGAUUGCACGUGAAAAAACGUAUAAUAUUGAAAAAAAAUUUAUUAUUUCUUUUGACGAAACGCCUAUGUGGUUCGACAUGCCACAAAAUUCAACAAUUGAUUUUAAAGGCGUUCAUGAAGUAACAGUUAAAUUAACGGGAAGCGAUAAACUACGUUUUACAGUAGUUUUGAGCUACACCGCGGCUGGAGAAAAACUUCCCCCGAUGGUAAUCUUUAAACUAAAGAAAAAACCAAAGGGCAAAUUUCCACGAAAUAUUGUGGUUGCAACAGCACCCUCUGCAAACAUGACACAGGAUUUAAUGAUUUCCACGUUUAUUCCACGGGUUGUUUGGGCCAGGCCCAAUAGUUUUUUUAAAAGCAAGGGUAUAAUUUUUUUUGAUGCGCAUCGCAGUCAUAAUCGUGAUGGUGUAAUAAGAAAGUUGAAUUCAGAAGGUUUGGAUAUUUUAGAAAUACCAGGUGGGACAACAUGUGUUUUGCAGCCUCUGGACGUUUCAGUAAAUAAGCCCUUCAAAAAUGGAAUGCAAAGAAGAUGGGAAGAAUGGAUGGAUAGAGGGAAAGUAGUGCUUACCAAAAAGGGGAACCACAAAAAGGCGUCAUAUGAGCUGGUUUGUGAAUGGGUAUCCGAAACCUGGAAGGAAAUCAGUACAAAUGUGUUGGUUAAAUCUUUUGAAGCGACGGGAUUAACGCUUAAUCCUGAUAAUAGCGAAAAUAAUAAAAUGUCAAGCCGUCUGCAGGCCAUUGUUGAAAACCGUCCGAUUGAAAGAGAAAUAUUUUUAGAAAGUGAAUCGAAUCAUUAUAAUGAGCUAGAUAAUGAACCAGAUAAUAAUGAGCUAGAUAAUGAACCGGGUGAGUUAGACGAUUAUGACGAAAAUAUGAUAGAUAAUGAUUCAGAUUUUGAUAGCGAUGAAGAUGAGCAGGUAGAUAGCGAUGGAGCGAUGGAAGUUGAUAAAGUAGUAGAUAGCAAUGAAGCGAUAGAAGUCGAUGAAGUAGUAGAAAUCGAAUAG